CAUCUUGGAAAACAUUGCGUUUUUAACUUGUUUUGAUUUCAUCUUGAGAGAGAAACGAUGUAGCUUUCAGCUUUUGUUUUGGUUUGGAGAAAUAACGUUUGAAAUGAUCAGCUCGGCAACUUACAUCCUCUUUAUCAUCGCCACUUUUCCGCACGCUCUGAAUACAGCAGAUGAACACUGCCGUACCAUAUGUCUCCCCGAAGGACAUUUGUCAAAACUGCUCUGCUUUGAAAGCUUUGAUUAUGCCAACUGUGCAUAUAAAAUUAUACAAAGCAAUCAUUGCUGGCAAGGAGAUAAAAGAUAUGCACAAAAACUUUUGGAUACAUUCAAUCAAUCUGGAGAGUUUAAACGCUGCGGAUACAAUUUGGACCCAAGAUCUGAAACUGGUUUUACAUUUGAUCAAAGCCGGGCAGAUCUCGUACCCUGCUAUGCUUUAUAUAUUCCAACGAAAUCAAACCGCCGGAUUUGUGAAGCAGUUGGAGGGUGUAUGGACAAACAUCGGAAUACAACGUGCCUGGAUAAGGAGCUUUACCUGAACUUCUGUGUUGUACUAGGAUUUCGUCUUGAAUGGUGCAUUCCAGAAUAUGGUCGGAGGGGUUUAUUCAUUUGGAAAAAGUAUCAAGAGGAAGGAUAUUUUCGCAGCUGUGGAUUAGUUUACGACCCAGUGACAAAAAUGGUCCUGCCAAAGAAGAUGACCCCCAAAAAUGCACAAUUCGAUUGCUAUAGCUUAAGUGGAGAUAUAGCUCUGGGUAUCAGCUAUUCUACAAACGGACAAGGAAAAACUACGUUAAAAGGAAAGUCAUGGAGUAUUGUGGUAGCUGUAGCGGUCAUCGCAAGUGUUUUCAAUGAUUAAGAUCGCAAGAAGUCAAGGAAAAUAUGGCUCUGAUAAAGUAUAAAAUAAAGCAAAAUAUUAUAAAAUAUUAUAAGCCGAAGUUAUCUAAAGUGAUGCAGUAUAAUUAUCUGUAUAUUCCAGUAGUAUAAAAAUAACAAGCUAGAUAUUUUAUGGCAAUAAACAUU